CAGAAGGUUACUGUUGGCGUUAUCAAAGCAGUGAAAAAGCCAAAAGUAGCUGAUAGAAGCCACGACUUAAGAAGAAAAUGCCAACAAGAAAGUGAAUGAGUUUGAAUACAGAUUCAACAACUGACUGAUCUGAGACACAAUGAGCCAUUCACCUGAACAACUUCCUUCCAAAAUUGAAGAAUGGAGUAAGGAACAUGUCUUUCAGUGGUUAAAAGAUGACCUCAAGGUUUACUACAGAUAUGCAGAUGCCUUAUAUGAAAAAGGGGUGUCAGGGGCAGAAUUACUUCACUUUGAAAAAAAACACCUUCUGGAACUGGGUAUAAAACAUGGCCCAGCUGUGAAAAUUAUGGGAAAACUGGACGAACGUAAAAGGCAAUCAGAUCAAACAAUACAGUCUCACUCAGAAACACAGAGAAGACAAUCCAGGAAAGAUAUUAGCCCAACUGUGGAUCAAUCAACACCGUCUCAGUCUCUGACAGCUAGAUUCAGUUCAGACAUAAGGACUGUUGAGGACCACGACAUCUCAAGCCAAGAACACAACAGGACAGCAAAAAAUAUAUCUAAGAAGAAGAAGGAGAAGAAGAAAUCACCACCUGACCCUACAAAUACUGGUUCACAGGACAUUGAUGACAAAGAUGAAGAUGAGAAGGAAAAAAUGGCUUCAUUUCAGGAGGCCUGUGAAACAAAGGAAACCGAAUAUCCAGGAACACAGACAGUCCGUAGAAGUUCCAGCUCAGUUUUCCUUGAGCAAAAGGAUGAAGACAUUAUGACAGCUCUGAGAAUUCUGUGUGAAAACGAAUGUGAGAACAUCCAUGAUGAAAGCAGUGAAGAAUUCGAAAAAUUCAGAAUCAAAACUGAGGAAGAAUUUUACCGUGGAAGUAAAGUACAGUUUUGGAACUUCUACUUCUCAGAGAAACCCAAGGCUAAGGCUUUCAUAAAGAGAGACAAAUAUGAAAAACUGAAAUCUAUGAUCCGAACAGUAAGGACUAAAGAUCCCACAUCUCCAUGUGUAAUGCUGAAUCUCUUUCACCACCCUGGUUGUGGAGGAACCACCUUAGCCAUGCAUGUCAUGUGGAACCUGCGAAAAGAAUUCAGAUGUGCAAUAUUGAUGGACAACACCACUGCGAAAAGUGACGUGGCCCUUCAAGUCAAACAUCUGAUGAAGUGUGGGAAGACUGAUGUGUCAUACCAAACACCUGUCCUCUUAUUGGUGGAUGACUCAGAGGAAACAGAAAAUACACUGGAGCUGCAAAACUGUAUACGAAGAACAGUAGAUGAAAAAUCUUCCAGCCCACUUGUCAUCAUCCUGAACUGUGUACGUUCGCAAAAUCCAAAAGAGCGGUACAGAACCAGUAUCAUUGAAAGUAUCUACAUUACGAAUGAACUGUCUAAAAUCGAGCAGGAUCUGUUUGAAGAAAAGCUUCAAGAGUUCAAAGAAAAUCACAAGAAACCUGAAAACUUCUAUAGUUUCAUGAUCAUGAAGACGAACUUCAGCAAUGAAUACACUGAAAGCAUAGUCUCCAACACUCUGAAGAAUCUUGAUGUUAGUAGUAAACAAGCAGCGAUGCUUUCCUUUUUGGCAUUGCUGAAUACAUUUGUAGCGAAUUCAAGCAUUUCUCUGUCUGUCUGUGAGACUUUUCUUGGAAUCAAACACAUGUUGACAUCAAGAGAAACUGUAGAGCAAAGAAUGGAGCCUUAUUCAACCUUGCUAACUCGAUUCAAGCCUGAGGUAGAUGGUACGUACACCGCCAUCCGUAUCCUUCAUCAACGCAUUGCCAUUCAGUGUCUGGAAGAGUUGGGAAAGCAAUACAAAAUAUCCAAAAGUGAAAUUGUCAUUGACUUACUAAAUAAUGACUUGUUCUUCAACACUGAAAUGGGAAAAAACACACUCAUGGACUCGAUCUAUAGCAUGUUGAUCACAAGGCAACUGAAGAAAGAAGGUGGUGAAAAACACACAUUGUUUUCUCCUUUGAUUGAACAAAUCCAAGCUGAAGAGCCACAACAAAUCCAACAUAUCUUUGAAAUAGCAUCUCUAAGGUUUCAGAACUGUGCUGCCAUACCUCAAACUCUGGCAAGACACCUGUACCUCAUAGAGAAAGACUUUACCAAAGCAUAUGUUUCUGCAAAUGAUGCAAAGAAUAUCAAAGAAAAUUCCUACACUGUUGACACAACAGGGCAGGUAUCCAAAAGUGAGCUAAAAUACAAAUUUGAGAAGGCAAAUACACAGGAAAAUGGUAUUACCCCAGAUGAUUUGGAGGUAUACCUUGAUUUGGCUAGCAAGGCUACAAAAGCUUUUCAGAGGGCUCAAGAAUUGGCAAAGACUGAUAUGGUACCAGAAUCUGAAGACCACAUGAAGAGGCAGAGGUCUUAUAAUAUAUCUGGCUACAUGGGAGAGAUUGAUACUGCCAUGAUAGUCUUUGAAAUUAUGUGCAGUCUUCCAUUUUUCAAAGAGAAUGACCAAAUGACAAACAAAUACAUGCAGAGCUUUCUAAAUGGAAGCAUGCCAAUAAGGCACAUUCUCACUGAUGACUAUGAUUCCUACAACCAGUUUUCAGAUGUUCUUGAAAAACAUACACACUUCCUCACCUUUUUAAAAUCAAGACGCUUCCAGAAAGAUGCUGGAAGGAAGAGCUGCCUCCAGCUGCGUAACUCACAGGAGUCACUGAUGCCGCCGGUGAGGGCGGGGCCUGAAGGGCGGAGAGGCCAGGAGCCGGGAUGA